UUAUCGACACUAAUGCAAUUAGUACAAAGAAGAUGAACUGGUUAUUUUCAGAACAAGAAAUAGAAGAUAUUCUAAAACAACAUUUUCCACAGGUCAGUCGCAAGCUGAUCUUUGAAACUUCACUAGACUUCAUCAGAGAUGUUGAAGUUCGAGACGAUGAUGUAUUCUUAAUUGGGAAUCCAAAAUCGGGUACCACGUGGUUACAAGAAUUGGUGUGGUUAAUUGGUAACGACUUGGACUAUGGAAGUGCCAAUAUAUUUAUUGACGAGCGUUUCCCAGUAUUAGAGUUACAAGGGUUUUUUAAUGGAUUUCUUGAGGACACAACUCAUAUCAACAUACUAAAGUGUCAUCGAGAAUCUUUAAGCUACGUUCAAAAUUUGAAGAGUCCUCGUUUCAUAAAGUCGCAUGUAGCGCCAAGAACUUUACCAACGCAACUUCUUUCUGGUACCAAAAAGGCGAAAAUCAUAUACAUAUCCAGAAACGCAAGGGAUACGUGUUUAUCAAGCUACCAUUAUUCAAAAAACCUACUGAAGCAACACGAUUGCUCCCUAGAUGAUUAUUGCAAGGUGUUUAUGUCUUAUGGUUAUAACCAUUUUGAUUCGAUUUUGUACUUUUGGAAUUUGAGGCACCAGGAAAACAUUUUAUUUGUAAGAUACGAGGAAAUGAAAAAUGAUUUAGGGUCGGUGAUACAAAGAGUAGCCAAAUUUCUAAAUAAAACCGUGACCGAUGAAGAACAGUCGAAAUUGCUGAAGUGGUUGGAUUUUGAUCAAAUGAAACUGAACAAAGCCGUUAACCAUGAUACUCUUUAUCAGACGCCGGGAUUUAUUAGAAAGGGGAUAGUUGGUGGUUAUAAACAAGAAAUGUCUCCAGAAAUACUUGAAAAAUUUAAGAUUUGGAUUCAGGAGUCCCUCAAGGAUUCGGAUUAUUUUGAAUACGAAUAAUUUAGUCCUUUAAUGUGUAUUUAUUCUUAUAAAUGUUUAUUUUUUUGUUAUAGUUUGUAAAACUCAUUUCUUAUUCAUUCAACUUCCACACUUGGAGAUAAUUGACAAACGUUUUAGCAUGAA